AUGGAGCCGCCUGCGGUGACUUCAUGCAACUCGCAAAGCUCCUCAAAUGGCAUGGAGAAGGUACGACGGCAGGCUGCGGACUAUUUACAAAUAGACCCGUCUAGUACAUUUAUAAAUAAUGCAACCCGUAAUUUCGAAGACUUACCGGAGAACUUCCUUGAUAAUGUUAGUCCGCAGCAAAGCUCGCAAUCGUUGGGCACACUGAUGAACGAUCACGCAAAUAGCCCUCAGCUGGCGCCACUGGCUCCAAUGAGUAUUGGCUCAGAUCAAAGCGCCCCUUAUAUGAUGUCUAUUGGAAACCAAUACCAAGAUCAAAUACGGCAUCCUGUGCUUGAUAAGUCGAGACUUGACAGCUUCGGGACCGGACCAGCUGGUCUUCUUUCACCGCUUCAUUUGGAUAGCCACAGUCGGAGACACGGAGGAAACGCAGAAUUCGGUCGCCAUGUUUACAUCAAAGAAGAAACGGAUCCCCUUGAUACUGCGUCUCAUCAUCUUCUCAUGCAACAACAGAUUCCUCUGUCGUCGCAACAGCAACAACAACAACAAGAAUUGGAACGAAUAGCUCAAGCAGAAACACCUCCUGCUGUAAGCAACGUCGAGUUGGCUUCAACUAUGAUAGCAAGUCUAAUAGGAGAACAGCGCACGUCUUCUCCUUCACCGCAGAAUUAUUCCGUAAGCGUGCCACAGUCAUCAACCUCGAUGAUGCAACAUCGAAUAGCAAAUAUUAAGCGAGACACCGAAGAUUCUCUCGAGGGUCGUUCCAAUGGAGAUGAUGCGGAACUGGAGUUGCAGAGACAGCAGUAUUCCCAUAAAGCCGGUCGUCGUGUCUAUUCUACGAAGGAUAGCAACGAUCCUCUCAACGCUGAAAUUGACGAUGACAUUUACAUAGAUACGAAGGAGUUAUGUAAAAGAAUAGCUUAUGAACUAAAGCAACAUUCCAUUCCACAAGCCAUCUUUGCGGAACGAAUUUUGUGCAGGAGUCAGGGAACGCUAUCCGAUCUUCUACGGAAUCCCAAACCUUGGAAUAAGUUAAAAUCUGGUCGUGAAACGUUCCGACGUAUGUUUAACUGGGUUCAACAACCACUUGCCAUGCGUCUGGGCAUCCUCGACAUGUACAAACAAGAGGGUGACGAUCCAUCUCUAGGAAUGGGGAAACCUCCCGCAGGAUGUGGGAUGUCACCUCCUACUCCCGCGCAGAAUGUACGACAUUCCUCGCGACGAAGCCUAGGCGACCCUGACCAGCCUUCGAACAAGCGUCCACGUCUCGUGUUUACGGAUAUCCAGAAACGCACUUUGCAGGCCAUAUUCAAGGAAACGCAGCGUCCUUCACGAGAGAUGCAGCAGACUAUUGCUGAACACCUUCGUUUGGACUUGUCCACUGUUGCUAAUUUCUUCAUGAAUGCUCGCCGACGGAGCAGGAUCGGUCCGAAUAGCGACGAACCGCAACCCUACCAACAGGUCCGUCCAAUAUCACCUCCACCAGACUCUCCUCCGUCAGGAGCGACCGGGUCGGGCACAAUGGGAAACGGCCCGCCAGUAGCGCAUCCACGUAAUCGACGGCAACCUGCAAGUAUGCAACAUGUUGAAGCUACGGUCAGCAGUGUUGCAGAAUCAGCUAUUCAGUAUAGUCGUGAGCAAGCAGCUCAUGAUGCUGCCGCUAUGAGGUCUAGUUCCAUUGACGAGGAAAGUUACAAGAUGUAUAAGAUGAACGAUCCACUGGCUGAUGAAACUGGAAUCUCCAUUGUUGCAGGAAAUGUACAUGAUGUGUACAAUAAUGGCAGUGAUGCGGCUGUAGAGUCAUUGACAUCUAUCAGUGCAUCACCUGUGAAUGCCGUUGAGCAGCGGGGCGUGGUUAAAAAGGAGAAUGACGGCCUAGCCGAAGAAGCAACUACACAAUGA